AGUAAAAUCGGAAAAUCGUUAUACGGUGGAAUACACCACAAAAUCGCGGUCGCAUCGCCAUUUUCUCUGUGUUGUUCUUUCUGGCCGUGUCCUGCCACUAGAAACUCACACUCGCGCAACGAACUCGAAUCCUGCCACACAGAGCGGCAUCAACAACGGCAACAACAGCCGCAUUUUAAUUUUUGUGGAUCUUUUUGACUAAAAAUGGAUCCAUCGAAUUUGGCUUUUGGAUUUCCUGGUCUUCCCGGACAUGGCCACAUGCCCAUACCACCCACGGCCAAUAUGCUGGGCGGACACGGUCAUCCCGCCCCGACGGCCAGUCCGCCCCAAAGUGUUCCGGGUCGUCGGACCCCUCUCGGCUCUGUUGGCCUGGGAGGCUUCUAUGCCCAGGGAUUGGGAAUGUCCCAGCAGAGCAUGACGCCAACGGAUGAGAAUAAACCCGGUCCAAGUGCACCCGAGAAACCGUUAAGCCCAACGGCUGCAGCAAUUGCGGCAAUCAGUGGUGGCACCACCACCGCGGCCAUGUCCAGUGUAAUGGGUGGUGCGGGCAGUGGACCCGGUGGCAGUGGUGGCAACGGUGGCAAGCAAAAGAAUCGUCAAGGCAAAACGGUGCGACUGAAUAUCAAUGCGAGGGAACGCAGAAGAAUGCACGAUUUAAACGAUGCUUUGGAUGAGUUGCGAAGUGUGAUUCCCUAUGCGCAUUCGCCUUCGGUGCGAAAACUCUCCAAAAUUGCCACCUUGUUGCUGGCCAAAAACUACAUUCUGAUGCAACAAAAUGCACUAGAAGAAUUGCGCAGACUUCUUGCCUACAUACAGAGCACCACGGGUGCUGCUCCUUUGGAUCUGGGCGCAUUCCCGGCUGCCGCCAAGUUGCAAGCUCUUUUGCAAGGACCUCACAACGAUCCACCCACCAGCAGCAGCAGCUAAAUGAGACAGAGAAUUCUCUCACCCUCUCGGGGGAUACAUUCUCUUUUAAACGCAAUUGAGUGAAGCAAUACACAAUAAUUAUUAAGUCAAUUCAGAAGCCAAAGUUUUUGUGUACUAGUCAUGAUUGAGGUUGAGAAUCUGUUAAGUGAUAUUUAGUUCUUUUAUAAGCAUUUCUUUUGCGCAUUUCCAUAAUGUCUGCAUAGCUAAACGUAAGUCAAAUAUAAUCGGCACGAGUAAUAAACAAUAAAAAAAUGAAGCGUUUUAUAAAAA